UCUGUGACUCUCAAAUGUACACUUCUUCACAAACACCCAAUCUAGUCUUCUUCUUCUCUGGACAGUGAUGGCUCCAUCAGCUAAAACCUACCCACAUGGCCUCAAAGUUGCAGUCACAGUGAUUCUUCUCUCUUCUACUCUCUCAUGUCUACCUUCUAAAUCAGUUGGGUUGCAGUUGUCAAGUUAUGGGAAGAGGAUGGAGGAGAGUGAAAUGGUGUUGGGUUCAAGGCCUCCUGGUUGUGUAAACAAGUGCAUGAGUUGCAGACCUUGCAUGGCUACUCUUGUGAUUCCUCCUCAUCAUGUUCGAGACUCAUCUCAUGGACAAGAUGAUAGCUAUUAUCUCCUCUCUUGGAAAUGCAGAUGUGGAGAUAAGCUCUACCAACCUUAAUAGUUAGAAAUUUAUAUGUAUAUUUUAAUUAGCAUAGCUUGCUUGUACUUAGUUUAUAAAUUAAUUAGCUUUUGUAUGUAUUGCAAGUCUUCCUCCUCCAAAUUCUCUCAUGGUGUUACUUAAAGUUGGGGAUAUAUACAAUCCAAGUCUCAAUGACCAUAUGAUAUUUAUGGUUUUUUUGUUGUUAUGUAGUUGACUCAUAUGUCCCUAGCUAGAAGAA